GCUAUCGAUACGUGUAUGCUAAUCACCAUCGUAUCCUGUUAGCGAGUCCAAAAUUAACUCCCGACGGGUUCGCACCCAUCAAGCUCUACACUCCUUUUUGUACACCUUAUUUUAAAUAUUUUUGGAAAUCGUGUACAGAAAUUUUUUGUUUACCGAUUAUUUCUUGAUUGUUGGUUAGCUCAAUUCUAUUUACCGAAAUAAAAAUGGCAAAAAGUUUUUGCGUUCUCACCUUAGUCCUUAUUUGUGGGGCAAUUAAUAUCCAAGCUUCCGACGAUGUGGAAGCUGCUUGGAAGAAAUAUCAGGACGAAUUCCCGUUAGGAGUUCAAACGAAAGCCGAAUUAGGAAUACGCAAAUCCAUCUUUGAAGAAACGCACGCCAAGAUUACGGAGCACAACUCUAAAACAAACGCCACUUACAAAAUGGACCACAAUGCCUUCUCAGUUAUGACUGAAGACGAACAGCAAUCUUUUUUCGGAGCACUUGAACCGGUCCCACCUUCCAAUUUGCCUGGUAUCUCGUCUGAGCGACAACUGAGCAGAGUUGACUACCGUACUGAUUCGUGCAUGCCGCCGGUAAGGAACCAAGGUAGAUGUGGUAGUUGCUGGGCUCAUUCCGCCACUGCAGUCGUCGAAUUUGGCAAAUGUAAAAAACAAGGAGGAAAGAGUCUCGACUUCAGCGAGCAGCAGAUAAUAGACUGCAGCCGGGCUAACGGCUGCUCUGGCGGAUGGGAACACGAGGCUUGGCAAUACUUGGCUUCCAACUGCGGCCAAACUGACGAAAAAUCCUACCCUUACAUAGCUAAGGCUGGAGAUUGCAAGUUUAGCACACGGAAUAUGACGAUUGGAGCUCAAAUUUCCUCUUCAAAUCCUGUACAAUGGGUUCCAGCAGGAGAUACAAAGGCCAUGAUGAGCAUCUUGUCGGGAAAACGAAUCCUUUCCAUUUAUAUGCAACUGCCCGAUAGUUUCAUGAACUACAAAAGUGGAGUUUUUAACGACAACAAUUGCGUUCCCAGAAGGGCUCACGCUAUGAACAUCGUCGGAUAUGGCACUCAGAAUGGCGUUAAUUAUUGGGUCGUACGUAAUUCGUGGGGUAAUAAGUGGGGAGCUGCCGGCUACGUUCUUGUCCGACGAGGUGUCGAUUUGUGCAUGAUUGAAAGAUGCGUUCGCACUGCUAACAUAAUUUAAUCAGAUUUCCUUUACUCUAUAUCCAAUCCCAUAAAUUCUCUUGUUUCCUCAUUAAUGUUAAGGUGCAAUACAAUUAUGGGAGAAUA